AAAAAAAGAGCGAAAGUUCCUUCCUGCUUGAAUUUCCUUCUGCAGCAGAUGAAUGGGGGGAGGAGGGGGAAGUGAGGCAAGGAGGCCCAAGCUAAGAGCUGCCUUUUGUAUGCAAGGAGGCUUAGAGAAAGUGGGAGAACUUUCCCUCUUCUCUGGAAUGCCUGUGUCUCGCCUGCCUGUUAGCGUACGAGUCCUGUUAACUUCUGUUGUCCAUGGAGAAGAAAUGCCCAUCAGAUUUCCAUAGGGCACUAUUUUGGAGCCAUUAGAGUAGAUAUAAGGUCAGAGGCAGGAAAUUGGCCCUCACAUUCCUGGGAAAAUCAGAAGCUUGUGAGCAAAGACUUUAAUUUCGGAUGAGGCUGAUCUUGGCCCAAAACAAAAUGGCUGCCAGGGACGGGAUGCAGUCUGGCUUUGGCCUGCGGUUCCAUGCUGAACUAGAGCAGGGGCUCCAUCGGCGGAUCAAAAUAGAAGAAGAGGAUCCGUCAGAUUCUGUAGUGGUGGAUGGAUUGGGGGCGGCUCCUCCUAUUGGGCCAGCUGUGAGUAUUCGGGAAUUCCUACACAAACCCCCAGGAGAACAAGAAGCAGGUGAAGGGCUUCAGCGUUGGGAAAACCAAUGGCAGGAGUUUCUGAAGACGCUGGAAUACCCUCAGGUGGGAUGGGAGACUCCACAACUGCUGGAGGAGCCCACCCACUGGGACAACACAAAGGCCUUCCUGGCCUCCUUUGAGCAGGUGGCUGAAGCCUGUCGGUGGCCCAGGGAAGACUGGAUGGCCCAUCUUCUCCCAGCCCUUGGCGGGGAAGCAGAGCAGAUAUUCAGCAGCCUGGAUAUCCGAGACAGGGUCCACUAUGACAAGGUCAAGGCAGCCAUCUUGCGAGGGGACGCCCUCAGCCAGGAGAGGCAGCGGCAGAAUUUCCGGCGUUUCUGCUACCAGGAGGCCGAGGGCCCAAGAAGGGUAUACAGCCAGCUCCAGAAGCUUUGCCAUCAGUGGCUGAAAGUUGACAGGCACACCAAGGAGCAGAUCUUGGAGCUGUUGGUCCUGGAGCAGUUCCUAGCUAUCCUGCCGCUGGAUAUGCAAAUCUGGGUCCGGGAACAAAGCCCUGACUCCUGCCCCCAGGCAGUGGCCUUCGCCGAGGAUUUCCUGCUGAGGCAGCGAGCGGAUGAGAACUGGGACGUCCAGGAGCUGGGGCCAAUUGAAGAGAUAGCUCUGGAUUUUUCAGAGGAAGAGGAGCCUCUUUCAAACGCCGAGCGAAGGCAGGCUUACAGACCAGCUGGUCAGAAGGCCGACAACGGAGAUGCCAACUCAGUGGAUGAUGACUGCCUGAGUGUCAAUGAGGAGGAGGCGUACCCCUUGGAAAGCCCCGAUCAAGGCUGCCCAAAUCAGGCUGCAAAGAGAAAGAGAGGAGAAAGGGAAGGUUCCCGCUUCCAAGAGCAGGGCAGCAGUCCGGAGGGCUGGCACCGAGUCGAGCAGAAGAGGGGAAGCGGCUCUCAAGAGAGAGCUGAAACCUCUGUCCUUUGGGAGGGCGAUGAGCCCCUCGAUGGGGCAAGGGGACAAAAGAAAAUUCCUCCAGGGAAAAAGAAAGACUCUGACAAGGUGGACGGCCUGCACUUCGGACAGAGGCUGGAUCUGAUUCAAGGGGAAAGUUCCAACCCAGACGAGAAGCCACUGAAAUGCUCCACCGGAGGGAAGGACUUUAAGGUGAUCUCUCACUAUAUUUCCCACAAAGGAAGGAAGCUCCAUAGGUGCCCGGAGUGUGGGAAAUGCUUUAUCGCUCAAGCACACCUUAUCAUUCAUCAGAGAACCCACACUGGAGAGAAGCCUUUCAAAUGCCUAGCUUGCGGGAAAACCUUUGCCCAGAGUUCCAACCUCACUGUCCAUCAAAGAAUCCACACGGGAGUGAAACCGUUCCAGUGUUUGGACUGUGGGAAAAACUUCUGUUCCAGCACCAAUCUGAUCAAACAUCGGAGCAUCCACGCGAAAGAGAGCCUGUAUAAGUGCACGGUGUGUGGGAAAAGCUUCAAGGUGCGCUCCCACUUCAUUGCCCACAAGAGGAUGCAUGCUAGGAGGAAAUCCCACAAAUGUCCUGACUGUGGGAAGUGCUUCCUCUUCAAGUCUCCUCUGAUUAUCCACCGCCGCAUCCACACUGGAGAGAAACCAUACAAGUGCCUGGAGUGUGGGAAAAGCUUCAGCCAGAACGCUCACCUCAAUGUUCAUCAAAGAACCCACAAAAGAGUGAAAUCGCUCCAACGUUCCGACAGCGGAGAAAGUAUCCGUUCCAGCAUGAACCUUGUCCAGCCCCGGAGGAUGCAUGUCAGAGAAAGUCCGUAUAAAUGUUCAGAGUGUGGGAAAACCUUCCGAGUGAACGCUCACCUUAUCGCCCAUAGUAGGAGCCACUCGACAAAGAAACCGCAUAAGUGCUCGUACUGUGGGAGAUCCUUCUUUACCAAAUCGUACCUCAUCAUCCAUCAGAGAAGCCACACCGGAGAAAGACCAUUUAAAUGUUUAACCUGUGGGAAGGGUUUUAGCCAGAGCUCACACCUUAAUGUCCAUAAACGAACCCACACCGGCGUGAAGCCAUUCCAGUGCCCACAGUGCGGGAAGAACUUCAGUUCAAACAAGAACCUCCGGAAGCACCAGAGAAACCACACCUCGGAAGACCUGUACAUAUGUACCGACUGUGGGAAAAGUUUCCAGGUGCACGCACAUCUCAUCGCACACAAGAAAAUGCAUGCAGCCAAGGCAUCGUAUAAGUGCUCACACUGUGGGAAAUCCUUCUUUACCAAAUCCGCCCUCAUCGUCCACCAGAGAAUCCAUACGGGAGAGCGGCCGUACAAAUGCCUGGAGUGUGGCAAAAGUUUCACACAGAGUUCGCACCUGACGGCCCAUCAGAAAACCCACAAGGGGAAGAAGGCAUUCCAGUGCCCGGAUUGUGGGAAAAGCUUCCGGUUCAGCUCCCACCUUCUCACCCACAGGAGAAUCCACAAGGACAAGAAACCCCACAAAUGCUCAUACUGUAACAAAUCCUUUAUCUUCAAGUCCUACCUGACCAUUCACGAGCGGAAGCACACGGGCGAGAGACCGUUCAAAUGCCUGGUUUGUGGCAAAAGCUUCAGCCAGAGUUCUCACCUGAACGUCCACAAAAGAACACAUGUGGGGGAAAAGCCGUUCCAGCGUCACGAACGUGGGAAAAGUUUUAAAGUGAGCUCUCAGCUUCUGGCCCGCCAGAAAAUCAGCACAGCCAAGAAACCACACAAUAAAUGCUUAGAGUGCGGGAAGUCCUUCAUUUACAAAUCGUACUUGAUCAUCCACCAGAGAACCCACACGGGCGAGAAGCCUUACAAGUGUUUGGCUUGUGGGAAGUGCUUCAGCCAAAGCUCGCACCUGAACGUCCAUCAAAGGACCCACAGAGGGGUGAAGUCGUUCCGAUGUCCUACCUGCGGGGACAGCUUCAGCUCCAGCGUCAAACUUCUCAAGCACCAGACGAUCCACACGAAAGGGGACCCGUUUGAAUGCUCGGACUGCGGGAGGUCCUUUGUCUGCAAGUCACAGCUUGUGAUCCAUCAGCGAAGCCACACCGGGGAGAGACCGUUCAAAUGCUCAGACUGUGGGAAGGGAUUCAGCCAGAGCUCGAACUUGCUCAGGCAUCAGCGCAUCCACGCAGAGAAUCCCUACAAAUGCCUGAUGUGCAGGAAAGUUUUCCCUUCGGAAGAGGAUCUUGUGAAGCACCAGAGAAUCCACACAUAGCAGGAAGGGGCCACUUACUUCUCACAUUGCCAUCUGAGUGCACUGCCUUUUACUGCCAAUCCCAUUUUCUUAGGUGUUACAAGAAACAAAACUUUGACAGUGAACUAUAAGAUCCGUUGCUUCUUCAACAAUUUGUAGGGGAGGGAGUCCUGGGUGAAAUGCUUAGGCUGCAGGGGAGCUUCCUCCGGGGCCAUGCCAUGUGUCUUUCUGUGUUGAUCAUCAGAUCUUUGAACCGACAGUGCAUCUUGAAUCUAGGACCCCCCCGGAGAUGCUCAGGUGGUUUAGUGCAUCCAUAACCCAGCUCUGGCUGAAAGAAGAAACUUGAGAGCUGCUUAACCGCGAUAGGUUGGAUUGGAUCCCAUGGUACUCGCUUAGUGGUUGGAUUGGAUCCCAGACUCGCUUAGUGGUUUGGAUUGCAAGGGGGGGCCUGGCUGCUUUGUUCUUGGGGAAGAUUCCUUGAUCUAGUCCCACCACCCCUCACAGCCCCCAACUAAACAAGAGCUGAUUCUCAGAGCUGUAAAGGACCAGGAUUCUAGCAGAACUGUCCAGGAGAAUUGAAAAGGUCACGCAGAAGGGAAUUUGCAGGGGUGAGGGGUGGGGACACAUCAGUGAAGCCAUAUAAACUCCAAGGGUAGAUAAAACUUCCGUGGGGGCUCCAGCUUUGGGAAAUGCCAGAGAAACUUGAACUCCCCAAAGUGAAUCCAUUCCAGAAUUCUGUCUGUUAGCUAUCAGAAAAUCCGUGUUGUCAAGUGAAACGAUACCCUCUCGGUGAAGAGGAAACAACCAAGUCGGCUGACCGAUAUAGGGCUUUUUAUGAAGUCAUAAAACCCCUCUUCAUCUGCUGUAUUAUCUUUUUUAUAUAUACAUUGGGUCAUACAGUGUUAAUUGGCUUUCUGUCGAUAUAGCUACACUCGCUUGCGUCUUCUGCGGCUCAGAAAAUAUUGCCAAGAGAAAUUACAGAUAGACUGAUUGUCUUAACAACUGCACCCAAAGGAUUGAAGUGGCAUUGCAAAUCUAUUUCCCAUAUUCUCGGGGUGGGAGACACAAAGAUCUUUCCAUAUUUGUGGGUGCUUUCUCCAGAAUCUCACCACUAAGACAAGCAGAGCUGACCUCGCUAAAGAAAUUAACCAGCAAGAAUAUUAAUAUAGACUGAGGGCGGGGGGGGGGGGGGGAGGAAUUAAUCUGAAUCACAACCUUUUUUUUGUUCUUUCCCCCAUGGGAUUAUGGUAGAUAACAGCUACCAUCCAGUAAAUGAGCCAGUGACCAUUCUGUAAGAUCCACUCCCCCCACAACAAAGCUUGGCUUCGCUUGCUAGCUUCAGACCUUCUGUCUUCCCCCACCUCCAGUAAAUUCACAAAAGUUCUGUUUUGUUUUCUUAUAAACAGUCCCUUGAGUGGACAUCACCUGGGCUUUGGAUACGAUGCUGCAACUUCUAACUGGGAAUGAAAGCAAGCCAUCUAGGAGAACUGCUUGUCCUCUGCUGCAUGCUAAAAAUUACUCUGAAAAACUGAGAUUUUGCAAACUUGGGAACUGCUCCUGGCAGGGAGCAAAACCCUGUCUCAAACCACUCUGGAAUUUCAUCCAUAAACUCAUGUUUAAUCCCCGGCCGAGGGAAUAAUUUGCUUGACUCCAAAAACGGGAAGCGAACUGACGUCAAAACUCAGCAUUCUCCUCAGGCUCCAGAACCAGAGCUCCAUAUGGCUCAUUUGACUGAAUGGUCUCCUUAAAUUACAAAAGGCUUUUGUUGGGGGGGGGGGGAUCAUGGCCGAAACCAUCUAAUCUUUCUCCCCCUAAAGUAAAGCAUUGAACGUCAAUGAGGAAGGGGCUGUGUUAGCCUUUCCAGCCUGCAGUCACUGCCACUUCUUGGUUACCACUUCUCCCGUUUGUGACUUCUUCCCCUGGGAACUCCACCCUUGGCAGCUGCCUUCAUUUCCUGUGAACUCUGUUAUGGGACCUGGAAUGCCGUUACCUCCGUUUCUUGAAAGAAAUCUGUUAUGUUUUCUUUACAUCGGGUUUGCUUUGUUUUCAGACCGUGGCAAAGCACCGUAAUGGUUUGCUUUUGAUGGAUGUUAGUGUAUUCUUUCCCCCCACUUGUUUUUAUUUCAGUUCCGAUUUGAAAUUAUACUUGUUACUGUUGUUUGGAUGA